AGUAGUCAAACCGCAGAAUUGUAGCAAGGAAGCGAAAGCGAUAUCAUAAUAACAGAAAGGCGCAAAAUUAUAUGCCGCAGGUAAACGAGCUGUUAGCCAACAGAUUAUAAGUGAGCCGCAGCUGUGAAUAUAAUGAACUGUUGAAUCCUCAUUCGGCCGUGAGCGGAACUUCUCAGCCACACACGCGUGGGCUCACGCGCGUUAUAGACAUUUCAAUUGUGCUCUGAUGAGCGCCUUCUCACUUGCAGAAGACAAAGAGAAUGAUGGUGAAAAGGUGGAAGAAGAAAAGUCUAAGGAACUGAAAAUCUGUGCGCAAUGUAACAAAAAGAUAGAGGGGAAGUUUUUGCUGCGAGCUUUAGACCAGUUCUGGCAUGAAGAGUGUUUGAAGUGUUCGUAUUGCAAUACUCAACUGUCUGAUUUAAGCUUCAAGUUUUACAUCAAAGGAGAUCAAAUACUUUGUAAGCGAGAUUACAUCAGGUGAGAAGUUUUCUUGUUAUAACAACAGUUCUUUUAUUUAUUCUGCAAGCCGGAAUCUGAAGGAAAACUCUUCAAAUCUGUUCGAAAGUAAAACGAGUAAAGCUCAAAGACUUCCUGUGAUGCUGAAGCGCACGGACUGGAUGACUCUGUUAAAUAUAUUGUGGCACUGAAAAGAGGGUUGCAUCUUCGAUGAGAUAUAUUACUUAGCGCUGUAGCUAGGAUCAGAAGUUUAAAUGGCGUAAUAUCGAUGUAGCAAAACUCUUUCCCGUAGGAGAAAUACGACAGCAAUCCCUUUCAUUAUUUUACCUGAAAGUAAUAUUCUUAUGACGUUUUAUAUUUUACAUUAUGGUAUCAAUAAUUCAUAAUGUUUAUGCUCUGAUCACGAACACAUGAUUUAAACAUGAAACAUAUCGUGGCAUUAUGUUUUGUCUUGGGAAUCUUUCAUUUCCGUGCAUGGAGGUUAAAUCGCGUUGCGAAACUGUAUUCCACAUUAACAGGAUUAAAAGAUUUCGAGGUUUAAACAACUUUCAAGAACCCCAAAAACCUGUUAACAUAAAUUAAUGAAAUUCAUCUUUAUCCGGCGCUAUCCGUCAAGAUGCUCAUUAAUCCUUACUCAGUUGCCCCUCUGUUUAAAAUCGGGGUUAUUUUCGUUCGAUCUUAACAGAAAAUGUACGGUAAUGAAUCAAAAAACGCCUUUACAAGCGAAGUUUGAAGUUUACUCUGGCGGAGACUCUUAAAAUUAGCGACGACGUUAGUGCGAUAUUUGUGUUCUCUCGGCAGAGAGAUGAGAGGACUGAAUAAUUUAUGGUUUUAGCUCUAAGAUUUGAAGAAAUAUGAAAUGAGGUUUCUUGUGGGAGGAUAUGCGGUUUCAAAAACAAUCACGGAAUAUUUUAUGCUAUAGUUCUUUAACUUGAAGUAAUUUUUUGUGAUAAAAUUCGUAUAUAACACGAAAAUGGGUCCUUGAUUACCUUUGAUGUAGACAAAAAUCCCCCCCAAAAAUUGUUGAUUUUAUAUGUGUUCUCGUAAAACUCAGCCAGAUUUGAUACAUACUCGGAACCUGUGGUUUUCCUGCCACCAAUGAACUUCUGUUAAGCUACUGAAAAGUUCAAUGCUUAAUAUAUAUAUAAUGUCAAGGAAACUAGAAGGCUCAAAAUCUAAACAAGAGCAGUGACGAGACUGAGUACACAACCUACGGAAAAAUCGACCCCAUCUGAAGGAUAUAACUAGUAACUACAUUUCUUUGUUUCAUUCAAGAAUAAAGGCAACUAAAAUCGUAAAAAUAUGUUCUUUAGUUUUUGUAUUGUGUCUUUCUGAAUACAUUGAACAGUUUGUUUUCGCGUGACUAGCCGCACGUUGCUUGGCUAAGGAAAGUUUGAUCAUCAAGUUUAUGAUAAACUUGCAAAACAGUUAAGAAAGUACUUUAAAGGCGCAAACGAUUUAGCAUGUAAUAAAUUUUUUCGUAAAAAAGAGUUCGUGCAUGGCUGGUAUAACGAGGUGUUUGGAGUCCCAUUCUAGGCCCUUCCGAGUUUUCUAGCAAAGUUUUCUGGCAUCGCGUUCAAAGUCCCUACCUCAAACUUCAUGAUGUUUUGAGUCUGGUCUUCCAUUCCACAUGGAUUUCCAACCGCACAGUCACGAGUUAAACAUGACAUACACAGAAACAAAAUGUCAAAUACUCGCAAAAAAAUAGUUCGUGUUCUGAAUGAUGCGGCGUCGCACUAGCAACGAAUUAUUUUCAACGGGUAUCUGACGGUGUCAUAUGCGGUAUGAUUUGCAACUGUUCAAUUUGUUUCCUUUCCGUGGCAUGCUUGUUCCUUGUUCAUUGUUUUACUUCCUUUUAAAUUAUUACUUUUGAGAUGUACUUCCAUAAACGAAUAUUCUUUAAAAUCUUAUCUAGAAUCUGAACAACUCAAGGCUGAAACUGAGAACUUUAAAAGUGGUGAUGCAGAGAAUAGAAUGAGUUGUUGAGUAAGUUUCGGUGCCUUGACAACUUCUCGGCUUGAGACUGUUUCUUGAUCGCUUCACGCGAAUUUUUAUACUGAGUAUUCCUGAGAGGCUCAGACAAUAUAAAUAACUUAAUGUAACUUCUAAUAAAAAAGGCCCUGUGUCGAAAUUUGCAUCUUCUUCUCAAUCUACACCUCACCGAGCAAGCUGACGAACCAGAUCAGUCACUUUUUUUAUCCAUGGCGGCGUUGCCUUUUUCCUUCUACAUUCCAUGAGAAUAUUUUAUACAAUUUAGGAACUGAAGAAUCUGGCAGCCGUUGGUUUAUGACAUAAAGAACGUUAUUCUAUUUAUGACUGGAUCGAUCUCACAGGCCAGUUCAGACUAUUGAUAGGCAAUUUCAGUUGGCAUAUCAUCUGCUCUUCCUAUUUUGAGAGGGUAGCCGAAGUGAUAGAAAGCUUUUUGCACUGCUCAGUAAAAAUUCAGUACUUGGGAAAUUCAAUCAGCAAAAUUUCAUACUAUUUCGUGGCUAUCGUGCAAUUUCGUGGUUUUAUUGAAUAAACAGUAAAGACUUCAUUAAUUACGUUUUGAAGAGUACAAUUAAAGCGACUUCCGUUCCUAAGGACUUAAAGACUAUCCUAACAGUAACGGCAAUGAGACUAAAGUGAAACAUCACUGAAUUCACAUUUAAUGCUGGAUGAGAGAUCUUACAGCGUCAGAAACGUUUAAAACAUCAAACUACAGGCGAAAUUCUCAGAGGAAUUGAAAGGAAUUUUCCGGCAACGGUUUUCUUAGCGUCGCCGUAACUACAAAUCACAUAAUAGCGAUUACAGAAACGCAUAUCAGUAAAAUUUCAAAUGAAGACACUCUUAUUUCCUGCAAUUCCAUGCUCACGUCGCAUAUUUCAGUGUCCAAAAAUUGUUUGUACAAUGGAUUGCUAAAAUAGCUAAUACUGAGUGACCCAGUGCUAAAAUGCUAGAGAUUAGUGUUUUCUGAGGUCAUCUCUUGAAAGUUCGCGUUCUAUAUGGAAUGUUGACAGUCGAGACUCCGCAACUUUCAUCAGAACUGGAAAAAAAAACAUAGUGCAGUGAGCCAAAAUUUGAUUUUUUUUCUCAAUCAAAGUUCCCCUCUUUCUUCGCCUUGACUCGGUUAAAGUGUCAACGCACACAUUAUUUACAGCUUGAUACUAAACAAAAUACUUGAAAACUUCUCGUAGAUGUUAAUCCUAGAAUCUUUUUAAUCUUAUUUCAAGCAGACAGAGCCGGGUUAGGUUCGGUCGGUUCUUAACAUCGGCGCUUUGAUUGACAAUUAGUUUUAUUGUUUCAUCGCAACGACUUUUGACCCGUAAUAAGACUAAAGAAACUGAAAAUCUGAGAGAAAGAGACAGGAAUGAGAAAAGAACAAAACAACGCGUAAGAUAAUAAGUGAUGGUAGCUUUCUGAGUGCUCUUCAAACUUUUCAAGUGCAGAAUAAUGCGAUAAUAGACAGCUGAAUGCACGAAACAAUUGUGCCAACUAAACUAAGGUUUUAACUCGACAAGAAGAGCUGACAAAUCUUAUUCUCUCUCGCUGGUAUGCCGUCGUCUAGGUUGACAUUCAUCUUGUUUUAAUGUUAAAUUUAGUUGUAAUAUCUAAUUGCCCGAAACUUGAAACAAUAAUCUAGCAGAUGUUCUUUAGCGACUUCAAGGUUAUCAACUACUAGGAGAUAACUUCAGCUCUGCGCAUGUGGAUAACUACAAAAGGACAAAAGGAAAAAAAGUCAAAGCCGAAGGCCUUCCCAGUUGAUAAAAUGAUCCCCACUGUACAUGUUAUAAGCAUUGUAAUGCCAAUCAGCCGUUUUUGUUUUAAAACAAUCGUACAGCUCAGCCUUGACCUUUAGCAGAGCUAUAAUAGAUUUUCCCUUCAUCGCUUUGGUGGAGCAUGGAGAGCACUUUAUUGAAAAGUAAAAUAUCUGAAAUAGUAAAUGAUAUUUCCAAGCCACGUUGGACGCGCAGCUUGUAAAGUGAAAUUGUUUCUUAUCCAUGUUGUUUUCUAUCUUUAUCUUUUUGUUUUGUUGUUUUUUUUUGGAGAGGGGGGGUAGGGAUGAAGGUUCGUGAAACAAUUCACAUUUUUGAAAGAAAGUUCUGCUUCUUUGCCUAGUUUUACCUUAUCAUAAUAUUAUCACAAUAUCUUUUGUUUCCUUUUAUCUAGGUUGUUUGGAGCCACAGGAAUUUGCUCUCGAUGCUUGAAAAUCAUUCCACCGCUAGAAAUGGUCAUGCGGGCUCGUGAACACGUCUAUCACUUGGACUGUUUCGCCUGUCACGUGUGUCGUUAUAGAUUCUGCGUUGGAGACAGGUUCUACCUUUAUUACAACACAAUCCGCUGUCAAGAUCACUAUUAUGGCGACAGGGGUUACUUUUAUCAGACUCCUUUCUUUUGGUGACUCAAGGGGAUCUCAGUUUCUCGUGUCAACUCCUCUCUCAAGCUGUUUCUCUCAUUUCAGGACCACCGUGUCAAACAACAGGGAAACUGGGAUCAAGUCUGACUUUUGAUUCGCUUCCUAAACGUUUUUCUCACUAAGAUUGGAAAUCCAUUAAUGCGUUCACAAUCAUAUGAGUGGCUUUCAGGCCUUGUACUUUUUAGCAAAUUUCUACUUUGAUCAAUAAUUGUUUUUGUUUAUUGCAAUAUUUCGUACUGAUAGCUUUUGAAGGAGAUAAAAGAAAGGUUGUAUUUUGUAAUAACAAGAUCACGAGCAUCUCGAAAGAGCUUGUCUGUGUAAAAAUCUAUCUUAAAGAUUCAAAAGUCCAAUUACUUUAAAGAGAAAUAAAAUUUUGCUUCAACACUU